AUGGGAAAUUUAAUAGCGAGUAUCUUUGGUGGUUUAUUCAAUAUGGAACAAGAAGUCCGUAUUUUGAUUUUGGGACUCGAUAAUGCCGGAAAGACAACAAUUUUGUAUCGGUUACAAGUCGGAGAGGCAGUAACAACAAUUCCUACGAUCGGAUUUAACGUAGAAACCAUCACAUACAAAAAUAUUAAAUUUCAGGUUUGGGAUUUAGGAGGUCAAACAUCAAUUAGACCCUAUUGGCGAUGCUACUAUGCAAAUACAGACGCAAUAAUUUAUGUAGUAGAUUCAAGUGAUAGAGAUAGAAUGGGUAUUGCUAAAGAAGAGCUUUUUGCAAUGCUUGAUGAAAAGGAGCUCAAAGACUCUAUACUUUUAAUCAUGGCUAACAAACAAGAUGCUAAAAACGCAAUGAGUGUGGAACAAGUGUCGGAGCAACUUAAUUUAAGUAAGAUAAAAAACAGAACAUGGACAAUAUUUAAAACAUCAGCGCUGAAUGGAAUUGGUAUAAACGAGGCUUUAGAAUGGCUCAGUGAAAAUAUUAAGAAUAGAAAGUAA